AUGAAAAUUCCCCUAACAGCACAUGGGAGGGAAGAUCGAAUGUUCUGGAUUCAUGACAAGAAGGGUGCUUACUCAUUCAGAAGUGGGUAUAAGCUAUUGAUGGCAGAUUCUUUCACACACUCUCAUACUACUAUUGAGAGUUUUUGGAACAAAAUUUGGAGAUAUAAAAUUCCAGCGAAGGUUCGAAAUUUAAUUUGGAGGGCAUCGCUAAAUGUUCUUCCAACAACUGAUCACUUGAGGGCUAAAAGAGUCGACGUUGAUAGCACUUGCCCGGUUUACUUAACGAACGAAGAUUCUGUUGUCCCUGGUUUUGUCUCUUCCCAAAAGGUUUGGGAGAUAGUAGGAAUAGCCAGUUCACCCCGCUUGGUUGCUAAUUUCCAAGACUGGCUCACAAGUACCUUAAAGAAUCAUCAGCAAGAUCAAGAGAUGAUCUCUAUGCUUUGUUGGGCUAUAUGGAUGAACCGAAAUGAAACUGUUUGGAAUGGUAUUGUUGAUCCACUUCUAGCCGAAACUUUGGGGGUUCGUGAUGCUCUUUCUUGGAUUAAAUCUAAAUUUCCUGAUGUCCAAACCAUUGAGAUGGAUGCUCUCCUGGUUUAUAAUGCUCUACAGAGUGAUGAUGCUGACAAUUCUUAUUUUGGUAUUCUUAUUGAAGAGUGCCACCUCCUUGCUAGAGAAUUACCGAAUCUCAAGUUCAGCUGGGUGAUUUUGCUGCAUCUUUUGCAAUAUUCAACCAUGGCGGAUGACGAGCCCGUAGAUCCAAAGAAGGAACUUGAAGAGCGGUGCAAGGCACCAUGUACACGGCCACUUAGGGAGUAUCAGGCGUGUGCUAAAAGGAUUCAAGGUGAUGAAACCGGGCACAAACACUGUACUGGACAGUACUUUGAUUAUUGGCAUUGUGUUGACAAAUGUGUCGCGACUAAGCUGUUUUCUUAUCUGAAAUAA